CAGCUAUAUAAACCCUGAUACACAUUCAUUUUCAAUCAGUUCGAACCAAAAUUCUCAGCUGAACGUUAGAAGUCGAAACAUUUAAGACAAAAAUUAAAAAGUGAUAUAUUCACCAAAAAAUGGCUACAAAUAUUCUGCAAAUUUUCGCAGCAUUGGCUGUAAUUUUCGCAUCAGUAAAUUGUCUUCCAUAUGGAUCGUAUGGAUCAGGAUCUACUCAGGUUGAACAAGUGCACCAAAGUCCUCACGAACCAAUUAAAACGCAUUAUGCACCAACAAAACACGAAUCCAUUUUACCACAUCAACCAAGCUCUGGAUAUGGCCAUGUUGAACCUAUCAAAAACCACUACGGACAACCAAGUGUACAUCAUACUCCAAUUGUUCCGCAACAUCCACCAGCUCAUGAAUCUCCGAUCCAUUACCCCGUUGAACAUCAGCAUUCUCAUCGUGGAUAUGAAAAUGAGAUAAAGCAAAAUCAUCAUCAUCAUCAAGAACCAGUACACGGACACGUUGAGUCACAUAAUCCUCACCAUAAUAUCGGACAUGAGGGUCAUCAUCAAUCUUCGUACGGUCACAAUAGUGGACUUACACAUAAAAGCACACAGGGCGGUGGAUUAGGUGGUGGAUACGGUGGCCAUUCAGCUGGACACAAUACUGGACACGGUAGCGUCAAAACUCACGGAUAUUAAAACUCAAAGAUAGAUUUUAAAACUUCAGUGCUUAGACAUUUGAUAAA